AUGGCCGACACAUCUCUCCCCCAAGCUCAGCGCCUCCUCAACAAGGUCGCCGUGGUGACUGGUGCAGCAUCAGGCCUUGGCCGUGCCAUUAGUCUGCUAUAUGCCGCCCACGGUGCGAAGUUGGUCUGUGCCGACCUCCGCCCUGACAUUGAUCCCGAAAGAUCGGGCCAGGCUCCAGAGCCGGCGACGCACGACCUGAUCCUGGCUCGCGGUGGGCAGGCGGUCUUUUUCCAGUGCGAUGUGACCAAGGCUGAGCAAGUGGCCGCACUCGUCGCCGAGGCCGUGAAGCAUUACGGGAAGCUAGACAUUAUGGUCAACAAUGCUGGCGUGAAUGUGGAAUCGCUGGAGCCGGCCAUUAUUCAUGAGGCCUCGGAGGAGCUCUUUGAUAAGACCCUGGCGAUCAACACCAAGGGCGUUUUCCUGGGGUCCAAGUAUGCGACCGCCCAGAUGCUGAAGCAGGAGCCUCAUGCCAAUGGUGAUCGGGGCUGGAUUGUCAACGUCGCCUCCAUCAUGGGACUGGUCGGCCUGGAGAGCUGCCCGGGAUACUGCGCUUCUAAAUCGGCGGUGGUUGGGUUGACGAGGAACAUCGCCCUCGACUAUGCACCGCACCGCAUUCACUGUAAUGCCAUUGCACCUGGAUAUACCCAAACCCCGAUGUUGAACGCUGCGACCAAGUUGAUCCCUCCGGAGGCCCUGGGCCCGAUUCACGCGCUGCACCCGUUCAAGGGCUUGGGUGAACCAGAUGAUAUUGCGCGGGCUGCACUGUUCUUAGCUAGUGAAGACGCCAGCUGGAUCACCGGACAGUGCCUGGCUGUUGACGGUGGAUUCACCACUCGGUAA